AUGAAAAAUCUCAUAUCUGCCUCGUUUCGAGCGAAGUGGGAACUUGAGCUGUUGGUGAAAGAGACCAAAGAGGCCAAAAAGGCCAACGAUGCUGCUUUGGCUGCCGCUGCAGAAGCGAAGGUGAUGGCGGAGAAGGCGGGGGCUGCGGGAGCGGGAUUUGGGGAUGCUGCUGCAAAGGCUGCUGGGGCGGAGACAUUAUUCACCGGCGCAGCGGGGAGCGCUUUGAGCAUAAUAGACACCGCAAACAGCGCCGUCAACCUCGCCAUGAACGCAGCGGUGAGUGCCCGAAAUGCCUAUGCCNUUGGGGAUGCUGCUGCAAAGGCUGCUGGGGCGGAGACAUUAUUCACCGGCGCAGCGGGGAGCGCUUUGAGCAUAAUAAACACCGCAAACAGCGCCGUCAACCUCGCCAUGAACGCAGCGGUGAGUGCCCGAAAUGCCUAUGCCUUAGUCUUGUUUGCGUCAGAAGAUGGGGCUUCAGAUGCCUCCACCAAAGAAAGGAUCACGGCUGCAAAGGAGAAAAUGAAGGAAGCAGAGAAGAUAAAGGAGGCAAUGGAGAAGAUGAAGGGGGCAGCGAAUACGCUAAAAGAGGCAGGGGAGAAGAUGAAGGAAGCAGAGAAUACGCUAAAGGAGGCAGUGGAGAAAAUUAAGGAAGCAGGGAAGGCUGUUGUGCCAGUGCAGGAGAAAGCUAAACCAGCAGCCGCGGUAAAGCUGGCAGACGCGAAAAAUGCCUUAGGCGCGGCGAAGGCGGCUGAAGACCCGCUGAGCCGGAAAGCAGAAAAGAAGCCAACUGAGGAUGGUGCCAGACAGGAAGACAAAAGCGGUGUGCAGCCAGAAUCUGUGGAUGCGACAGAGACAGCAGCGGAAUCAACGAGCAGUGAUGCCCUUCCUACCACAGCUGAGGGUGUUGUGCAUGCGGCGGAGCCCACAAACACUGCCGCUGCCGAUUCCGUCACGCCUACAGUUCCCUCAAUAACAACAACAACAACAACCGAUGUGACUACUCCUCUGG